AUGAGAGAGAAGCCAGAGGACACCAAGGACGCCGACGACCCCUCACCCUCAGCGGAAGAGCCUUUCCCCUCCUUUGUGGGGCGUCGCGGGCUGUCACAGCGGCUGACCUGUUUCCAUAGCGACAGACUCCCUGUAACACGCAGGGAAGGCCGCGGCGGAAGUAGAGCCCGGGCCUACCCGACGCCCUUUCCCCCUGCCCCAAACCGUCAUGUACCCGGCGAGAAGCAGGGAUGUACCCGCUUCUCCCCCUGCGAGGGAAGCACCCGGGAAUUUUGGAAGCUGCACAGGGUCCACACAUUCAAAUACCAAGAUGAGUUUUUAACUCACAGUUUAUAUAUUUUUAAGACAAUACACACCAGCUCCCCUUGUCAAGAAAAGACCCGUGGUACAGAGUGGCUUAUCAGGGGAAGCAAGACCAGCAAGUCUGCCAGCUUCAUGGGAAAAAGUGACUUUGUUCCUGGUGUUUAUGGGACCAGUCUCUCACUAAGGAGCUUUGCACACCAGACACAACACAAUUGUGGUCUGGAUUAUGAUGGCUCUGCUGAAAAUAAAAUUCAUUCACCAGGAGAUAAAAUUGUUGCUGGAGGUGUUCUUGCAAGCACAUUUUAUAAGGACCAUUAUAAAGCUGCAGUGGAACAACUGGCAGCUCUCAGCUUGUCAAAAAAUACCAGGAGAGCACAGCUCAAUUCAAACAGCAACAAACAAGGGGCAUUCCAUUCCUGGAGCUAUAUACACCACCAAGGCAACAAUGCAGUGAGCAGGAAAACCUUUUUAGAAAUGCCAUCUAGCUCCAGUGAUACUCCAAUAAACCUCAUCAAUACCAAUCCAACACUAGUAGGUUCUCAGUCUGUGAAUAGAUACCAGUCAGUUUCGUAUCCUGGAAUUCAGCAGACACCAUUAGAGAACAGCAGUAGAAAUGGAGAUGGGGACUUUUUCAGAAAGACUCAUGAAGCCACCACUUCUGAUUCUUAUCCUGCUACAAAUAGUAGUAGUGAUGAUAUGCUUUCUCUAAUGAAAUUGAACUGGAAAACAGGAAACAGUUAUAGAGAGAAGGUUUUAGCUGAAGAGAAGGAUGCAUGUGAGGAUGCAAAAAAUAGGGCAGUUUUGCUAAAAUAUUUAAAAAAUGCAAAUCUUAAUCUAAGACCAGAGCCUAUAAAAGACACAGAAACUUCCUCUUCAGCUGAGUGUGAUACAUUUUCAUACCCUGAUUUCCUACCUCCACCUUUCAAUACCUUGGAUUUACAAAAAUUGUCCUUAUCCAAGUGGGAUGACUGGAAAUUAUCAUUUGAACCACCACUUGAAGGGUCACUUGAUAAACUAAUUUCUCGCUUAGUGGAAAUGGAAAGGUUACAGCACUUGACUAUAUUAAAAGAAAGGGCAAAGGAACUAUCUGCUUCUCCUACCAUGGCUCUUAGCAACCGCCCCACUUCUACAAAAGAUAUGAAGCAAUUGAAGGCAAUUGAUAUUUCGUAUCCUCAGGCAGCAUUUGAUGGAGAUUUUCACAAUUUUGACAGUUGUGUGCAGGAACCAGACAUCUCAAAGUGUACUUGCCGCUAUUGUCAUAAUAAAUGGAAUUCCGGACUAGUUUCUCCUCUACAUUCAAAGCACUUACGAGCAUCUUGUAAUAAGUGCACUAAAGCUUCAGUGAUUUUAGACUCAAGCAAUAUAGUUGCCCGAAGGUCUCUGUCAUGCUGUGGAAGUUCAGCAAAAAUCCGAUCAGCUGUCAAGAUGUCUUCACCCAACACAGCUGUAGCUUUUUCCUUACAUGACAAUGAAAGUUCUAAAGGUAAACAGCCAAGGACCAGAAGAAAACCUUGUAGAAAAAAUGUAGCAUUGAUGGGUAAACCUUCUCACUCUCAAAGAUUAAAAUCCCUGUCUGUUAUGGCAAAGCCCAAAUAUACUCAGAUUGAGCAUCAGUGA